CCCAACUGAGAGUUUCUGUUUCGUUGUUUCCUGCGCAACCCCUCUCCCUCUAGCUCAUCAUGCCGCCCAAGGCAGCUCCCCCCAAGUCCAAGAAGGUCACCGAGGACAAGACCUUCGGUCUCAAGAACAAGAACAAGUCCAAGAAGGUCGGCAAGUAUGUCGAUGAGGUGAAGCGCCAGCAGUCAGGCCAGCAGGGUCCUCGCGUUGACCCGCUUGCCGCCCGUGCCGCCCGCAAGGAGGAGGAGGCCGCUCGUAAGGCCGAGCUGGCCCUGCUCUACCGCCCUGCCGCCACCGCGCAGAAGGUUACUCCCGGUGUCGACCCGAAGUCCAUCCUGUGUGAGUUCUUCAAGGCCGGCACCUGCCAGAAGGGCAACAAGUGCAAGUUCUCCCACGACAUCGCUGUCGAGCGCCGCAGCGAGAAGAUCGAUCUCUACAACGACCCGCGCAAGGAGGAGCAGUCCACCAUGGAGUCUUGGGAUCAGGCUACCCUGGAGGAGGUGGUCCAGAAGAAGCAGGCCGGCCAGAAGGUCGCCACCGACAUUAUCUGCAAGUACUUCCUUGAUGCGGUCGAGAAGUCCCAGUACGGUUGGUUCUGGGAGUGCCCGAAUGGCUCGACCUGCCACUACCGCCAUGCCCUGCCGCCGGGCUUCGUUCUGAAGAAGGACCGUGUCAAGGAGAAGGCCUCCACCGAGGAGUUCUCCCUGGAGGAUUGGAUCGAGACCGAGCGCGGGAAGCUGGACCACUCCAAGCUGACUCCGGUGACCAAGGAGAGCUUCGAGGCUUGGAAGAUCGCGCGCAUUGCGAAGCGCACCUCCGAGGAGAAGAAGUCUCGCGACCAGAAGGAGGCGUCCGUUCGGGCGGGCCGCAUGGCCGGUCUCUCCGGUCGCGAUCUCUUCUCCUUCCGCCCUGAUCUCUUCGUGGAUGAUGACGACGCCGCCGAUGAUGAUGUCUACGCCGAUCGUGCCUCCGACGAUGAGGGUGAGACUGAUGCCGCUCUGGCCAGCGCCGCUGACGCCCUGGCUGAUGUGGACCUUGGCGACCUGCCCUCCGACGAGGAGUAGACACCACGAGCUGGUGACACUGUUCUCCGUUCGCGGAUUUCCGUGGCCGUCUUGUGUAUUAUGGGUGUCUCUUUUUUUUUCUCCCCUCUUGUGUUUGUGUAUGUACUUGUGCAUGCUGGCCCCUUUUUCGUGUGGCGGCUGGUGUGCGCUUGUGGGCGCGCCACCCCAGUGGUGGGUCCUCGCGCCACACAUGC